AUGUUGCCUUAUCAUGAUGGUGCUACCGUUCUUGAUGAAGAGAUGAUGCCUAUAGAACAACAACAGCACCAACACCAACAACGUGAACGUAGUCUUUCACCGGAUAGUUUAGAACAAAGAUUAUUUAAACAUCAUAUAAUACCAGAUAAUAAUGAUGAUGAUGAUGAUGAAUCAUUUUUAUCAUCAUCAUCAUCUUUAGUCGAUUCAAUCAGUAUUGAUCAACAACAACGUCAAUUAAAUUCAACAAAAACUAUUGUUCAUAAAUUAACAUCUCAUGGUCUUCUUAGUACUUUAUCAUUUUCAAAUGAUGACGAUGAUGAUGAUGAUAUUGAUGAUGAUCUUGAUGAAAUUCAUAUUGAUCAAGAUGAAGUUAAUUUACUUUUUUCUGAUCCAGAUGAUGGUGUUUUAUGUCGAUUUUCUAAUGAAUUAAAUGAUAUUGAUGAUGAUUAUGAUGAUGAAAAUGAGGGUUUUCGUAGGUAUAUACAUCCUUUACCUCAUGUGACAUCAUCAAAUUUUGUUAUUCCAUCAUCCUCAUUAUCAUCAUCAUCCUCAUUACAAGAUCAACAAGUAUAUUCUUCUUAUCAUUUUCUUGAUCCAAUAUCUGAAGCUGCUAGUGAAGAAGAACGUCGAGCAGCUAUAUCAAUAAUUCGUCAACAACAAAAACAUAAACAUAGUACAUCAUCAUCAUCGUCAUCAUUAUCAAUAAGUGCUAAUGGACAUUGUGAUGGUGAUACAACAACUAAUGAUAAUCUUUCAACAUUAAGUGAUAUUGAUGAACAAAAUACAUCAAUGGAUGAAAAUUCAUUUUCACAAACAUGUUCACUAUUUCGUGAUCAACAACAUAUAAAUAAAAAACGACGUCAUAAAGAGAUUUGUUCUAUAAAUUGGUCAACAAUGAACGGAAGUAAGUUCGAUUAA